UCGACGCGCCGGCUCCUUAAAAGCGCCCCCGUCCCUCUCGCUCUAGCAAUGCAAGCCCGCCGUCACUCUACUUGCCGUUCGCUCUCUCUCCGGUGGUUUCUCUCUCUAAAAACUCGACUUCGCCUUCAGAAGCCUUUUUAGCUUCAUCUCCACAUUCAGUACUGAGACUUUGUCGCAGCGUCCUCCGGGCUCAGGUUCAAUAAUGAGAGAUCUGCAGUCCCACUUAAAUGAGCCGCCAAAAGAUGGUGAAAGUUCAGAUGGUUUUGAAUGUUAUGUUUGGCUGAUGAAGGAUAAAAAAACCAUAAGUCGGGCACAGUGCUCCAACGCACCAAUUAAAAUGACUCCGAUUUUGGACAUAUCUGAUAUAGUUCGACCAAAUACUCUUGAGUCUCUUACUGGAUUACCUCAUUUUUUUCUAUGCUCCGCGUCUGAAGAUUCUAUGCAGCAGAAGGAGUGGGGGCUGUUCUUGGGUUUCCUCAAGAAAACCAAGAAGGUGGCUGUUGCAAAAAAUGGAUCAUCUGUGUUUUACAUACUUCCUCCCAAUGAAGGCUUCAAUUUUGACAGCGCUGUAGUUUCAUACCGGAUAGGGAGAGCUCAUCGUGUAUAUAAUGGACAAAAGUGUGGGAUAUCUGAGAUAAGCACAGCUGAGCCUUUGAAUCUGGAUGUGGAUGCAAAUAAAAGACGUAGAAUUUUGCAACCUAGCACUGAAUCAACAAAUACUUCCAUGCAUUCUGGGCUGUUGUCUCCCUUGGAGGAGGCUGCUGCUCCAAAGUUUCACAUUGGUGAGGAGUUUAUCGACCGCAGAUCAGAUGCGUUUAUGGAUAAACGUUCUCCUGAUGGUAAUUUUGUAGAAGCCAAGGGCGAUGUACAUGAUCAUGAAUUGAGGAAGAAAUCUAUUAGCAGACGUAAUUCAAAUGCUAUCGGGCACAAGCCUCCCUUGGAGAAUAACUAUGUACGAACAGACCCAAGUUAUUUGAAAACGCUUGGUCAAGCACAUUCUGGCUGGAUUUUUGGUGCAGUUGCUGAGCUUGUUGACAAUUCAAGAGAUGCAAAAGCAACCAAAUUGGAAAUUUCUAUUGAGACUGUAUAUUCAAAAAAUGUUGGCUUAGAAAUUCCUAUGCUGUCCGUUAUUGAUGAUGGCCAUGGAAUGACCCAUCAGGAGAUUGUUACAAUGAUUUCUUUUGGGCACAAGGAACCCGAUGCAGAUGAUCCUGAUCGUAUUGGAAGAUUUGGCGUUGGAUUUAAGACUGGAGCAAUGAGACUUGGUAAGGAUGCAUUGGUUCUGACCCAGACUGCUAAUUCCAGAUCUAUAGCUUUCCUUUCCCAGUCGCUAAAUGAAGGAAAAGAUAAUCUGGAGAUACCCAUUGUGAGCUACUGCAGGAAGGGAAAUUUUAUGGAAGUGGACACUAGUGUACAAUCUGAAGUUUUAGCAAAGAACAAUUUGAAGGAUAUUAAAAAUUUUUCUCCAUUCAAUAAGUAUCUGAUUGGAGAAAAGGCUGGAUUGUUCAGUGGACGUAGUACAGGAACACAAAUUUACAUAUGGAAUUUGGAUAAAUGGGGUUCAGAUUAUAGCCUGAAAUGGGAGAAGGGGGUUAGUGGUGGGAGUUCCUUCCACCAAGGUGACAUACUGAUUCGUUCCAAACGAAUCAGAUCUCGUCCAGGCCAGACAAGUCGUAUAGUGCCUUUAGACUAUUCGCUUCGAUCUUAUUUAGAAGUUAUCUUCUUAGAUCCACGAAUGAAGAUAUAUGUUCAAGGAUCAUUGGUUAAAAGUCGUCCAUUAGCAAAAUCUCUCAAUAAAACUGUUGUGGAAAAUGGUUUUAUCAUGGGAAAACCUGUUCAACUAACUCUUGGUCGCUGUCAAUUAGAAUUGGAGCAAGCAAAUUGUGGAGUAUUCUUGUAUUGGCAUGGCCGCUUGAUUGAGGCUUACAAGAGGGUUGGUCGCAUGAUUCAUAGUGCAGAUAUUGGUCAUGGGGUAAUUGGUGUUACAGAUGUUACUGAUUUAAUGAGUGAUUGUAAUGGUCACGUAUGGGUUCAUAGCAAUAAACAAGGGUUCCAGGACUGUGAAUUGUAUGCCCAGCUGGAAGAUUGGCUGGGUAAAACUUCAGAUCAAUACUGGUCCAAAUAUAUUGAUACACUAAAAGUGAAAAAGGGUAGUACUCUCCACAAACCUGAUAAUGAAUGGGUGCAAUGUGACAUGUGUAGGAAGUGGAGAAUGUUGAGCUCUUGUUUUGACAGCAAGCAGUUGCCUCAAGAAUGGUUCUGUUAUAUGGAGCCUUUCAAUGGGAAAUGUGAGAUGCCUGAACAAAAGGUUGAACCUGGGGUGAUCACGGUAUCUGAGAAAUGGCCUGGAUAUGGUCCUGAGCAGAAUUCAGUCGAGUGCACAGAUGUACUGCCUGUAAAGACAACAAGCAUGUCAGAAGACAGUAGUUAUGAUGACUCAAGUCAGACUGUUGAGAAUGAUGUUCAGCUUCCAUCCUUAAAAAGGCUAAGAAGAGGACCUGCACAUGAUGUACAGCAUCCAUCCUUAAAAAGGCUAAGAAGAGGACCUGCACGUGAUUGUAAACAGACAUGAUAGUGUAUGAGAUUGCUCUGUUGUUGGUUUUUGUGCAAGUCUUAUUUUGUUGUUAAUUCAUGAAAAAAUUCAUUUUUACUUGUGUGAGUUGGAUGUUACAUAUGUUCCCUGCUCACCAUCUGUAGCUCAGCUGAAUAUGAUUUGUUGAAAUGUAUAAAAUUUUAGACCACCUGAUUUUGGAACGCCUGACAUUUGAGAGAAGAGCACUUUCCCCCAAUCCCGCUCUUGAUAACAAUUUGGCUGGUGUGAGGCAUUUGUUGCAGAAUUAGGGCACUUUACCAUUCUCUCAUGAAGCUUUGGUGGGGAUCGAUAUCGAUUUUUGUAGAGUGGCUUUUAAAAAGGGAGGUGUUAUUUACACUCUUGGAGCACUUAGGGUUUUUGAGAGACUUGUAUAUUUAUAGAUGAAUAUCUAGAUUGAGUCUCAUUAACGAAAUUAUGUUUUAUUUCGGACUUUCAUUGGAAAGAAAUGAUCCAUGUAUCUAAUGCUGAAUCUCAUGAACAUCAAUGAACUAUUGAGUCUCAUUUAUGAAAUUAUGCUUUAUUUCGGACUUUCAUUGGAAAGAAAUGA